AUGGGUUCUCUCCCCGCACCCCCGGCCCAAGCCGAGUACCAGAUCUUGGAGAAGCCAAGCCGAAGCGGAAGAAAGCUCCGCAUCGUAUGUCUGGGCGGCGGCGCCAGCGCUCUCAACUUAGCCCAUGAAAUCGAUACCUGCAAGACCCUCGACCUGGACCUCGUCUGCUACGAAAAGAACCCUUCCAUCGGCGGCACCUGGUAUGAGAACCGCUAUCCAGGCUGCGGAUGCGACAUCCCCUCUGUCAACUACCAGUUCUCAUGGGCGCCGUCCCCAGAGUGGACGAAAUUCUACUCGAGUGCUCCGGAGAUCCUGCAGUAUUUUAAGGACAUCGCGGAGAAGUAUGAUCUCAACAAGUACAUCCGCCUCAACCACACCGUGACGGGAGCGUUCUGGAACGAGGGGAAACAGAAGUGGAGCAUCCAGAUCCAAAAGGCAGACGGCACCACGAUCGAAGACUCAGCCGAUAUCUUUGUCAACGCCAGCGGCGUGCUCAACAAGUGGAAAUGGCCCGCCAUCAAGGGCAGAGAAACUUUCAAAGGCAAGAUGAUGCACAGUGCCAACUGGGAUAAUAGCAUCGAUCUUACGGGCAAGAAGGUUGGCGUGAUUGGCUCUGGUUCUUCUGCAGUUCAAAUCGUUCCCAGUAUCCAGCCGAUCGUCGGUAGUCUGAGUUGUUUCAUCAGAAGUUCUUCCUGGGUCGUCGGCGGUUUCGGUCAGCGCUUUGCUGGAAAGAAGGGCAGCAACUUCGAGUACAGCGAAGAACAACACGAGAUCCUUCGAAAAGACCCCAAGAAAUACCUCGCAUACAGGAAGAAGAUUGAGUCCGAGUUGAACUCCCGCUUCCGCUUCAUUCUCAAUGGCUCAAAGGAACAGGCCGAUGCCAAAGCGUUCGCGGCCGAAGAUAUGCGCAGCAAGCUCGCCAGCAGGCCGGAUCUCCAAGACCUCAUCAUCCCGAAAGACUUCGCCGUCGGCUGCAGGAGGCCAACUCCUGGAAACGGAUACCUCGAGGCGCUCUGCGAAGACAACGUGAACGUCGUCUCUUCAAGUAUCCAGGAAAUCACACCCAACGGAAUGAAGACUGCAGAUGGAGUGGAACACGAGUUCGACAUUAUUGUCUGCGCUACGGGCUUCGACGUUAGCUGGAGGCCGCACUACCCUACGAUAGGCCGCGAUGGUGUUAGUCUCAGCGAGUACUGGCGGGAUACACCAAACACCUACCUCUCCAUGACAGUUGCCAACAUGCCGAACUACGUCAUCUUCAACGGUCCCUACGGCCCCUACGGCCACGGAAGUUUCCUCCCCAUCACCGAAACGGUGGCGAGAUACGUGAUGCAAAUGCUCCACAAGAUGUCAGAGGAAGAGAUAUCCUCCUUCUGCCCAAAGCAGGAGGCCGUCAACGACUUUGCCGAGCACCGGCGCAAGUUCCUGCCGCGUACGGCAUGGACCUCACCAUGCCGAUCCUGGUUCAAGAGCGGCACUGUGGACAAGGAGCCCAUGAUGUGGCCAGGCUCGCGUAUCCAGUUCUUCGAGACAAUUGCCACACCGCGCUGGGAGGACUACGAUCUCAAGUAUACGACGAGCAAUCGGUUCGGAUACUGGGGCAACGGCUUUGCGCAACGCGAGCAGGAUGGCCGAGAUUUGACCUGGUACCUUGGACUGAUUGACGGCGUUGAUGAGCAGCCUGCGCUGCCUGACGAGGAUUUUGAGGAGUUUCUCAUGAACAAAUAG